AUGGGUUGCAAGGGAUCCAAGGAUGUGGCGCCCCGAGCCGAAACUCGUGCGGAGCCGGAGGAUCGAAAGGAGACCACCCACACGACCCCCAUGGAAGAAGUGGAGCCGAGUACCGUCCCAGUGACUGAGGAGGUCAAGGAAUUGCCGGUGGACACAGAGCCCGAGAUGCGCGUGGAGUCGGAGUCCUUCUUGGAAGAGAAGGAGCCCCACCCCAUUGAGCCAAUGGAGCCUCCAUCUUCAGCCUGCGAGGUCCUGACGGUGGACGCCACGAAGCGCGGCCGUGGCCACAGCGGUGAGGACGAGGAAACCGUGACGACAGCAUUGCCACGGGAGGACGAGAGCCCAAGGAACACGGACGACAAGGUGGAGGGUGCUCGCGAAGUUCCCUUGUGUGGCUUCUGCUUGCUUGGACACAGGGAGGCCAUUGCCAUCUCGCAGUGCUCGAAGCCACUGAGGAGUUGCUUGCGCAGCGUGUCGUUGGAACUGGCAGAGAUCUUUCCUCCCCAAGCGCUGUUGCUUGGGGGCGUGGAUGGAUUCGACGAAGGCACCUCUUCGGUCGAAAGUCUGGACAUUGCGAGUAACACCUGGACCCCUUUGCCACGCUUGCGCGUGCCACGCUGGAGCUCCGCAGCUGCCUGCACGCAAGGUCGUGUCUUCGUCAUGGGCGGCCGUGGCUUUGAAAUGAUGCGAGAUGAGAUCCUGGAUUCCGUGGAGGUCUUCGACAUGGAGCGCGGAUCCUGGGGGCAGGCGGCCAACCUCCACUUCCCACGCUGUGAGCUGGCAGCCGCCAGCUGCAGGGGUGUCUUGGUGGCUGCCCACGGUGUGACAGAAGGCGAAGUUCCUCUGUCGGAGGUGGAAUUCCUACGCUUGGAGCAAGCGGUGCAGUGGCUGCGAGCACCGCCGCUGCAACCUGCCCGAAGAGCACUGGCGGCAGUGGGUUUGAAUGAUGCGAUUUAUUUGCUGGGUGGUUGGGAUGAUCGACUUGGCGGGGCUUCGGGCGAGGUGCACUAUUUGAAGCUUCGAGACCACGACAUUGGCACUGAAGGAUGGCGGAGGGCGCCGCCGCUGCAGGAGCCACGCGCAGGCUUUGGGGCCUGCGCGUUGAUGGGCAGCCUAUGGGCCUGUGGAGGAUGCCGCGGACCCCAGAACUUGAGUUCCAUCGAGAGGUUCACACCAGGGAACAGCGCUUGGGAGACCAUUACACAGCUGCAGGAGCCGCGACGCGCCUGCUGUGCCGUCCCCUCGGGCAGCUCGCUUCUGAUUUUGGGCGGGGUGCAGAAUGAGAACCGGGAGACUGCCCAGAGUUGGUUGGGAGUACGGGGCAUCAUCGAUCGAGUCCUUCAGGAAAUCGAAGUGCUCCUAGUGAAAUUGCUGGCAGAUAAGGCCAACGAUGAUAGGAAGAUCUCAGACGAAGUUCUGGACACGGAGCCCAUGUCCACUUUUCGCCUCGAGACCAGCUCCACACAAGUGAAGGAGUCCGUUUUGGAGACCACCGAAGAUGUCGAAGAAAAGCAGGUCUCAGCUACAGUGCCCGCGCCACCUUUGGUGGUGCCCGUGCUGCCAGCUCGGAGGAACUGGUUCGGCGGAGUCUGCGUAGCAACGGCUCGGAGUUUUUUGUCCCCAAACAGAAUUCUCAGAGUACGCUGA